AUGGCGAUAGUCGAGCUUCCCGGGGGAGUGGAGAUGUACUACGAGGUUCACACGGCGGGGCGUGGCACUCGUGCAAGCCCGGAUCGACCGCUGAAUGAACUCGGGCUGAACCCCACCGCGGCCACGAUCGUCGUUCUCACGCCCAUCUGGCUCGACUGCACCUACCUUUCCAACAUGAUCGAGGACAUGUCGCCGAUGUACAACAUUGUCGCGUUCGAACUUCGGUCGCAUGGGAGAACAUUUCAGGCACAAAAGAGCCCCCGCUAUGAUUGCGCUACCGCCGCUGCGGAUAUUGGUGAGGCUCGCGACGCGCGUUCGCUCGGUCACUCGGUGGCGUCUCUCGGAAGAUUCGGCGUCUCGGAGAUGCGGCACCAUAUGCUGAACUGCUCGAACUGCUUCCCUUUUUUUCCUGCUGCAUUCUAUGCUGGUUCCGUUCACGUUGCCCAUCUGUACUUGACCGCUCGUCAGCCUUCGCUAUGGUGAGUUUUAGCACGCGCUUGGGCCGCAGAUGAGCUACAAGUUGGACCGGCGCGCUAACAGCGAGGAACCGGGCCGUAAACCCCAACAGGAGAUUCUUCGCGUACCGCCGAGUCAUGUCUUUGCCAACGGUUUUGCGGGGUUUCGAAGUCAGUAACCCCUAUUCCUAGGUGGGGGCGGCGGCCCCUGCGUCACGAACGACGACAACCUUCGUCGUCAGCGUGCUGAUGACGCUUUGGUUCUUGAAUGGCUUCUCCAGUUGCACUCAAGUUGUGCAAGAUGUUCCCGAACCAAGUGCUCUCUUACACUCAGGCUGGCGUCGGUCCGCUUUUCUCACCGCGGGAAGACGUCAAAAUUUUCAAAGAGGUCAUAGAUUUUUGGUUCUUCGUGAGUCGCCUGAGCGACGCGCAUACUGAAGGACCGAAUCACUGAAUUUAUCCCUACUUGUUGUUUUCAGCCGCAAGAUCCGAGCGAUUUCUUCGAAGCGAUGGAUGCGAUGUCCCAAAUGCUGCUAAGUAGCGACGAGUGGGACGAAACUCCCGAAUUGGUCGCGCUCAAGGAUCGCAUGAUCGGGACAAUGAUACGACGGUAUAAUCCGUAUAUGCUCUUGAAGGCCCAUGAGGUGAGAAACCCCGGGAGAGUGCGCCCUUCGCCACGCCCCGGCUCACUGAACAAGUUCGCCCCCAGGUGGCUCGGGUCAAUCUGAGGCCGUGUCGUAUCUCGCCCGCCGACCUCGCCGACUUCCGGCAUCCACUUCUGCUGCUCCAUGGCACCUCCGAUCUCUGCUUUCCACCAGCAGUGAUUCAACGCGACAUCGUCGACAAUCUCGUCGGCGCCCACGAGAUCACCUGGCGGUUAAUCCGAGGCGCGCCCCAUUCGAUGCUGCUCACGCACUGGCCGCAGAUCAAAGAAGAAUGGAUGCCGUUUUUGGAACGACAUCCCAAGUUCUCUUCGGAGCCAGUGCCUCUUGAUCGACCUUACGCGCUCAGUGUCGUAGCCAAACUGGCCCGGAAUGCGAGCGACGAGCUUCCAGCAUCGAUUCUUGCCCGGAGCGGCAACGAGCAGACCGACUUCUCGCUCUGCACGCCGGAGGAGGUCCGCCAGGCAGCGGAGGACUUGCAGGCAUUCAAAAAGUACAGCGAGAGCUGUCGGAUGUACCUGCCUGGGAUCGAGGUGCCCGAGAGUUGGGAUCAACCAAUAGACAAACGGUCCAGCAGAGAAUGGACGUAAGUAGCAGCGAUCUUUGGUUCGGCUCGGCGGUCCUCCGAGAACGGGCGGACGGAAGGUAUGCUGACCGGAUCUCUACAAUGCACCACAGUUUUUCAAAACGCCAUCUUUUCGACGAGCCGAGUCAUUCCAGCCCGGUCGAUCUCAUAGCCGGCGGGAUCGAGGUUAUGACCGUGGACAGCAGUGCCACUUGA